GCUUACACAUUGAGAAAAUUUGAUAAGUCAAAAUGUUUAGAUGAACAAUUCCAAAAGUCAAAAGUGGACAAAGUACAGUUUACCACACCAUGUCCGCGUUUCUAGGCGGCGGCGUUUAAUCUCCUCCGCAGACCCCGCCUUCUGCCAUUCACGCGCCGCCGUUUGGAAAUUUCCUUCCCUUUGAAAUGUCGACGGCCAAUAUUCAUCCUUUAACUCCAACUCUCCGUAUUCCUCCGACUCCUCACCCCCGUUCCCAUGCACCCUGCCUCACUCAAUUCCCCCUCCGCACCUCCUCCUCCAUGACCCUCCUCAAACCUCUCCUCCUCCGACGCAACCAUCUCCGCCGUCUCUCCGUUUUCGCCGCCGCCGCCGUCCGUCAGGACACCACCGUCUGGACUCCGGCCCCUCUCUCGACCGUCUCCCCCGCGGCGGAAUCGCUGUUCCACGUCACCGUCGACGUGUCCGACUCUCCCGAUCUCGCGGUCUCUCACACCAAGGCGGGGCAGUACCUCCAGCUCCGCAUCCCCUACGUCGAGAAGCCUUCGUUCCUAGCUAUCGCCUCCCCGCCGUCUCUCUCCGCCGCCAAGGGCGUGUUUGAGUUUUUGGUGAAGAGCGUCCCUGGCUCGACUGCGGAGCUUCUGUGUAAACUCCAGAAAGGAGAUGUGGUGGAGCUGAGUUCGGCUAUGGGGAAAGGUUUCGAGAUUGAUCUGAUUUCUCCACCAGAGAAGUAUCAAUCCGUCCUGAUUUUCGCCACUGGGUCUGGAAUAAGUCCAAUCCGCUCUCUGAUUGAGGAUGGAUUUGCUGCGGACCAGAGAUCUGACGUGCGAUUAUAUUAUGGUGCCCGCAACCUAGAGCGGAUGGCUUACAAGGAUAGAUUUCAAAGUUGGGAGUCUAGUGGAGUUAAAGUUGUGCCAGUAUUGUCUCAACCGGAUGAUACUUGGAUAGGAGAGCGUGGCUAUGUGCAGGCUGCAUUUGCCAAAGCCAAGAAGCUUUUGAGACCGCAGUCAACUGGUGCAGUGCUUUGUGGACAAAAACCAAUGGCGGAGGAGAUUACUUCUAUCCUCGUUGCUGACGGCGUCUCAGCUGAGAAGAUCUUGAAGAAUUUUUGACCCACCCCAAAUUCGGAUCACGCUUGUUCUAUUCUGGAGUUUACAACAAAAACAUUCAAUUUGGCAUGGACAGAUAUCAGCAUAGCUAAAAAUUUACUGCUCAAAGUUUGGUUGCUGCAUUCACAUUUGUAGAUUUCAUAUAUAAAUUGUAAUGAGAUCUUUUUUUUUUCUUUCAAUAGUACAACUACAAGUUGUUGCAUCUACAACAAUAAAUUCUGAGAGCAUCACUUAAGUGGCAAAUGGCAAUGAGAAAUUUUUUUCAAUAGUACAAUUUUAGUCUUCGGG